AACAAUUCAAAAUUGAAACGCAUCAUCAAAACCCUAAUUUCACAUUCAAACAUUGCUACACACUUUUCUCUUUGGUCUUCACUUCACAAUUUCUACUUCAAUUCUUCAACAUUCUUCAUUCCUAACCAUAAAGUUCAACGAUGGGAAGGAAUUUGAGUCCUGUGUUACGAAGAGAGCUUGAAAAUCUCGACAAAGACGCGGAUAGUCGCAAAUCUGCGAUGAGAGCAUUAAAAUCUUAUGUGAAAGAUUUGGAUUUUAGGGCAAUUCCUAUGUUUCUUGCUCAAGUUUCUGAGACCAAGGAAACCGGUACUGUGUCCGGAGAAUUCACAAUUUCGCUGUAUGAAGUUCUUGCUAGGGUUCAUGGGGUUAAAAUUGUUCCAAUGAUUGAAAGUAUCAUGCAAUCCAUAAUUCAGACUCUAGCUUCGAGUGCAGGGUCUUUCCCUCUUCAACAAGCUUGUUCGAGGGUAGUUCCAGCUGUCGCUAGAUAUGGAAUUGAUCCAACGAUGCCGGAGGAUAAGAAGAAACAUAUAAUUCAUUCUAUUUGUAAGCCUCUAUCUGAUUCCCUCACGAGUUCUCUGGAUAGUUUGAGUUGCGGUGCAGCUCUUUGCUUGAAGGCUCUUGUUGAUUCGGAUAAUUGGCGGUUUGCUUCUGAUGAAAUGGUUAAUAGGGUUUGCCAAAACGUUGCUGUAGCGUUAGAAGGAAAGUCUACUCAGACUAAUUUGCAUAUGGGUUUGGUUAUGUCAUUAGCCAAGCAUAACUCUUUGAUCGUUGAAGCAUAUGCUCGACUGCUCAUACAAUCUGGGCUGCGCAUGUUAAAUGUCAGUGGAGAGUCUAUGGAUGGUAAUUCUCAAAAGCGGUUCGCAGCUAUUCAAAUGGUGAACUACCUGAUGAAGUGUUUAGAUCCAAGGAGUAUUUUCUCGGAGGUCGAACAAGUGAUUGAGGAGAUGGAGCAGUGUCAGUCUGACAAAAUGGCGUUCAUCAAAGGCGCUGCACUUGAAGCAUUGCAAACAGCUAAGAAAGUUGCGAACGACAAAAAAUUGAGAGGCAUGAAGAGUCCUGCUUCAGUGACGGGUUCCAAUUUUAGUCGGAGAGAUUUCAUGGAUGGAGAUAGUUCUUCAGGUGAUGGAGACCGUACUCCCACAUCUGAUUCACCAGAGUCACGUACUCUCGAAUACUUCCCUGGAUAUGGAUCCCUGGCCGAGUCUCCUAUUUCAACAUGUCAGUCUAUUCAUAAUUUGAACUAUUCACGAAGGAGUGUCAAUAGGAAGCUUUGGAGCCUUGAAAAUGGAGGGGUUGAUGUGUCUCUCAAGGACGGUCUGUUCUCAAGUGCAGAGGAGAGAAAUGGUAUGGAUCACACGUUUCUGAAUGGCGGAGAUUUAACUGAGGAGUUUGCUUUCAUCCCCAGAAGUCCUAGACAUGGAAUAUCCAGAAGUACCAACACAAGUCCUCUCAGAUCACACCCUCGCGUCAAUGUUGACAGCAUUCAGAUUUUUGACACUCCAAAGAGGCUCAUUCGCUCUCUUCAAGACCCAACCGAUGAGAGUUCAGAUUGUUCUGAAAAACCGGUUCGAAGGUACAAGAGUCUAUCAUCGGGCAACAUUGACUGGAGUCCAUCAGCUUAUUCUAAAUAUGACCAGAGUGGUUUAGCAAAUCACGACAAGUAUGAUGGCAAAGAGUACGGAAGCUCAUGCGGUGACGGACAGUAUCAAGGAGAAUCAGAAUCAGUCUCAUCAACCGACGAACUUCCUGCUGAUGCUGAUAACCAGAGGCUUUCUGAAGAGGUUCGUGAAAGUAGAAAAGAUCCACAAAUUGUUCGCAUGGAAAAGCCAAUUCAAACGACAAAGCGCAGAUUUGUUUGCGGACUCUCUUUCGUCAUUCUUGCAGUGGCCACACCUUUAAUUUGGCUCAAUAGUCAAGAAGAAGCACAUUUCCUUGUUCCUACAUAAUGUGUUUGUUCAUUCUAGUUCUAGUGUACAAUAUGAGAAUCAAGAGAAUUAUGAAUAGAGUUUUAUGAAAGGGGUUGGUUAAUUCCAACUAAAUGUUGGGAAAUUUAGCGUAGAACUAGAGGAUCAGUACAAUUUAGCACCUUCAAUGUGCUUUUAUUUUUCUUUGUAAGAGUCUGUAAUAACUUUUGACUGAAUUCUACCUUAUGUUGGAAUUAGAUGAAUCAUUUCUGUGUUCAGCUAAA